CUGUAUGUUUCUCAAUGUAAGUCAAUGGCCUUUUUGCAACCCACUGGUACUUCCUGUUUGCAACACGGAAGUAGGGGGGGCUUGCUCAGUCCAGUUUUUACUUAUACAGUCAAUGGUAUCAUCAGGCAAGAAGUUUCAACCCAGAGUAAUAGCUCUUCGUUUUAUAGACGAUCUUUGUUCGAUGUGGUAUCCUAACAACCAACCAAAACAAACGCGGUGCUCGUGCUACGGCGUCCACACGAGGUCGACAGAAAAGGUUGCUCUUUGGAAGGAAGAUGGUUAAACAGACGAUACAGAUUUUUGGUCGCAUGAAACCUACAAAAAACCCGGCGGGGGUGUACUCACUGGACAACGACGAACUAAUGGGAGCUUCCUUGGAGUUUGUGUUACCGAAGGACUUGACUGAUGGUUUUGUUAACAACAAGAGAGAAAGCUACAGAUUCAGGUUCAAGAAAGUGUUUGAUCAACAAGCAAAGCAAGAGGAUAUUUUUAAAAAUAUUGCCAAACCUGUUGCAGACAGUGUGCUGGCUGGCUUUAAUGGCACCAUAUUUGCAUAUGGUCAGACAGGGAGUGGGAAGACCUUCACAAUCACAGGAGGAGCAGAGCACUACACCGAUCGUGGCAUUAUUCCUCGCACCCUAUCCUACCUGUUUGAACGCUUCAGCCAGGACAGCAGCACUGUGUAUACCACACAUAUAUCUUACCUGGAGAUCUACAAUGAAGUGGGAUAUGACCUGUUGGAUCCGCGUCAUGAGGCUUCUCGACUUGAGGACUUGCCAAAAGUAUUGAUCAUGGAAGAUACAGAUCAGAACAUCCAUCUGAGGAACCUUUCUCUUCAACAAGCAGCUAAUGAAGAGGAGGCCCUGAACUUGCUAUUCCUUGGGGACACUAACCGUAUGAUAUCAGAGACUCCACUGAAUCAGGCAUCCACUCGCUCCCACUGCAUUUUCACUGUGCACCUAUGUAGACGAGAGCCUGGCUCAGCCACUUUGCAGCGAUCCAAGCUCCACUUGGUGGACCUGGCUGGGUCAGACAGAGUUAGCAAAACUCGUCUAAAUGGUCUGCUGCUCACCGAAGCCAAGUACAUUAACCUCUCUCUACACUUCCUAGAGCAGGUCAUCUUAGCAUUAUCAGAGAGAAGCCGCUCUCAUAUUCCAUACAGAAACUCCAUGUUAACUUCUGUUCUGAGGGACAGCCUUGGAGGAAACUGCAUGACCACCAUGAUUGCAACUUUGGCUGUUGAUAAAAGGAACCUUGAUGAGUCCAUCUCUACAUGCCGCUUUGCCCAGCGUGUGGCUCUCAUCAAAAAUGAGGCCAUACUGAAUGAAGAACUGGAUCCAGUUCUGUUAAUAGCCCAUUUAAAAGAGGAGAUCCUAACACUGAAGAAGGAGCUGGCCAUGAUGAUGGGAGAACAGAAGAGUAAGCAGCUGUCUACAGAUGAGAUUUUGAAGUUGGAAGAGUUGAUCAAAGCCUUUCUAAAUGAUCCUGAUCCAGAUGUGACACUAUCACUGGGACCUGACAUGAGAAAAGUCCAGCAUUCUUUCCUCUAUUUCAAGAAGAAACUUUUGGAAAAACAAAGUGAAGAAAACCAAUGCAGUGAUCAGUCAUCAGCAGCAACAAGAAAGAAUUUGGCCCACAUCAGUGCAGUAGACAUGAACAGUUUGAAGGGGAUGCUUAGGCAACGUGACAAUGAAAUCAGUAUCCUAGUGAAAAUGUUGAAAAAAGAGAAACAAAGGGCAGAUGAUGCUGUGGCUCAGCUUUCAAAGAUUGCCAUCUAUCAAAAUUUGUCAUCCCAAAGUCUCCCAAACUGUUCCACAGUUCCAGGGUUUGGAGAAGGAAUAACAGACCCUCUUUCCUUGAACCAUGGUGCCCAAGCAACCUCAAGUUCUCUAACUAGAGAGGAAUACGUGGAGCUUGGAGAUGAUGUGUCCACAGUGUCAAAACUUACUGGAGAAAUUACCAGCACAUAUUCACUGAAUGGCCAACAACUGAAAUCCACUUCACCUCAGUCAAGAUAUGGAAAUGUCAAAGCUCAGCAAGAGGACCCGACACCAAAAGAAAACAGGUUUCAAGAAUCUCAUGAAGGACAUAUGAACCAUGGAGGGCACGUUUUGCCGUACAUGAAAAAAGGAUCACAGCUGUCUGCAGGAAAACUAGAAGCCUUUGAAAUCUUCAUAAAGGACCACGAGGAGCAAAAAAUAAUUGAGGAAAACAAAAAAUUGAUCAAGAAGAGAUCUGCAGAGGCCGAAACCCUUUCAGAGCAUCUGAAUCAAGUCAGGAACAGAAUUGCUGAGUUGAAGAAGCAAUUGCAAAUGAAAAGAAGACAAAGAGCAGCUCAAAGAUUUGAAGAUGUGGAGGGGAACUACACACCAGGUGGGAAGCUUGACCCAAUAGAAGAGGACCUUUGUGAACAAAUUAAGCAAGAAAAAAUUGCUUACAAGACCACCAUUGGCCGCCUAAAAACAUUGAGCACAGAGAUUGAGCAUCUGCAGCUGUUGUUGGAAAAGGUAAAAGUCAAGAUCCAGACAGAUUUCCAGAGGUGGUGGAGCCAGGAAGCUUCAAACUUGCAGGGCUGUGAGACUGGACCAAUGGCUGGAUUUCACACGCUCUCAUCACAUGCAUCCCCUUCUGGAACUGUGGCCAUGUGCCAAGUGCUUCCAGAAAUAAAUCCAGACCAUUGCUACUCCUCUGCUCAAGAUGCAAGAAGCUCCAGAAGUACAGAGGAUGACUUUAAUCAGUCUUCAGAGUGGAGGGCUCUGGACAGCUCCGGCCCGUCUCCUCUGGUUCCUCUCACAGGAGACCAGCGAGUAGACGCUGACGUCCUGGCUUUUCUCCGAGCUCGGCAAAACCUUCUCAGCAAGAAAGCUGCCCCCCAGCAGUGAAAUCCAGUCAAAACCAGAGCUAAUUGCCCAACAGAGGAACUGCGGGGCACUUACUGCUUCAGCUACCUGAGAAUGUUUAAUUUUAAAUGACAAAUGACUUCAUAUUUAUGGAAAUAAAAUGUAUUCACAGUUUUGUGGUUGUGUUCUCCAGUUGACACUCUCUGAAAUAACAUAUUGCACAACUUUUCUAAAUGUAAAGACCUGCACACUGACCUAAGCAAGCUGUAAACGGGUGAACAACAUUGAAAAGAAAUAUUUGUAAGCACUGUUGAUUCACAAACAGGGAUCUUAGAGAUGGACACGUACCAUCAGUCAACACCUGCCGCUAGGAAGUUAAAAGAUUUCUUUAAGGUGAGAUUAUUGAAAAACAUAAGUGAGAAGGAAAACAAAAGGCCUUAAACAUCCCUUCUCUUGAUCCAUCAACAAUGGUAAAGGAGUGUUCAACAUUACUGAAGGUUCUUCUUGGUUUUUUUUGUUGUUUUUUUUUUUCAUAUUACAUGUUGGAUGAAUCAGCUAUCCACUGCUGCUCAGAGGGGUGGAUCCUGCCCCAGCAUGCAUCCGGCAAAAACUGGGAAACAUGUCAGUGAGGUCAGCACCAAGCAUGUUUAACAGAUGAAUCACUGAAAGAUAAACAACAAUCCACCAUUUACAGACACUUUAGUAUUUUGAUCUUGUACACUAUAUUGUGAAUAGAAUUGUCGUGUCUGUUUGGUUUCUAACCCCCUGUACAUCAGAAACAACUCAUUAACAUUUUUGCAUGGCUUUGCAUUGAUUUGUUUGACAGAUGACAGGCAGCUGCACGCUUUGCAUCCUGCUCUUGAAUCUCGUUCCCUUGGAAAUGUUUCCAGGGUAACUCAGUCUUUGCAGUCGUGGCUGUAAUUCCUCAUUACUUUAAUUCCAUCUCAGUUUCCACACAGUAAAACAAAAAAGACAAAAGUUUCAAACAUAGUUGUUUAGGAAAUUGAUAAAUAAGAGACUGUACUUAUCUAAGAGUAUGAAUACAGCCAAUGCAAAGACAAACACUAACUGUGAGUUGAGAUAUUUUUGUAAAAUAUGUUUACCACAUUCAAGAUUUCAGAAAUACAUCAUGGAAGUAUAUUUAGAAUGCCAUGUUUUAAUGUGACGUAUAGAUCAUGUGAGAAACAGAUCCAGCAAGUUAAGAAUGCUGAAAAAAAAAAAAAAA